AUGGACUUCUCUCACCAGUACUUCGCGCAAACGCAGCCCUACCAGUUCAUGGGCAUCCCGCCUCUCACGCCAUCCCAUUCCAAUUCCGCAGGUUCAGAUGACUUCAACACGACAUCUCCACCGGAUGUCUACGCCGAAUAUCCCAACGACCAGCACUUCAGCACCUUUGAUAACUAUCCUCCCUCCCAGUUCAACGCACAGCACACUUCCUUCCCCGGUCCUCCCGGCCCUCCCACUCCCCCGAACCAUGGUCUGCCCGUGCAGCAGUCUGUCCAGCCUCAGCCUCAGCCGACACAGCACAAUGGAAUGAGUGCUCCUGCGGUCCAGCCGAUCAAGGCCCAACCCGAUGCCAUCGCCCACAAGCAGGAGCCCUUCGACGACCAUUCUCGUCGGGGCCAGUCGAACUCGGACGAUGAAGACUUGACGCCUGCGCAGUCGAGGAGGAAGGCCCAAAACCGCGCCGCGCAACGCGCAUUCCGGGAACGAAAGGAGAGACACGUCAAAGACCUGGAAGCGAAGCUUGCGAAUCUCGAAGCGGAAGCACAGCAAAAAUCGACGGAAAACGAACGGCUCAAGCGUGAAAUGCAAAAGAUCAGCACCGAGAACGAAAUCCUUCGUGCCACCUCGUCCAUCAACGGCCACCACAGCUCGUCCUCCCCCGAGCCCCGGACGACAGGUCCCAUGCACUACAACCCCAAGGACUUCUACUCGGACCUGCUCGCCCCCCACAACAACAAGACGCCCAGCCACCGAGUCGCGAUUUCGUCGGAUGGAGAACGCCUCCUCGCGGCUGGCGCCACGUGGGACUUCAUCAUCAGUCACCCGCUGUUCAAGAGAGGGUUGGUGGAUGUGGGUGACGUGAGCGAGCGGCUGAAGAACCAAGCACGGUGCGACGGGCAGGGCCCGGUGUUUUCGGAGCGCUCCAUCCUCGAAGCCAUCCAAGGCAGUGUCGCCAGCGGAAGCGACGAGCUGCUCUAG